CCCAAUAAUUUCAAUUCCGCAUCUCUGGGCUGUAAAUUUCAAAUUUUUUGAAAGGCGAUGGGAGUGCCGGAUCAAAGUGGGGGUGUGAAGUUAAAUGUCCGGUUUGUAGCCUGAAAGUGUUGCUACUGACACCGUGAUCAUCACUGUUCCUAAGUUGCACUUCAUUUCCUCUUCCUGAAAUCAGAAACUGAAAAUUCCUUCAAAGUUGAAUCAACCCAACCAGAAACGUCUUUGAACACAUGGAAGAGUGCAUUCAAAUCCGAAGAUACGAAGAACUUCACACCGCCAAGGAAUUCGAGUCUCUUAUUGAAGCUCAAAACGUUCCCGCUGUUUUGUGUGGUUGCAUCAAGAAUUGGAGAGCGUUCUCUCUUUGGAACCCACGGAACGGUGGCCUCGAUUACUUGCAAGAACGGGUAGGGUCUGCUAUGGUGGAGGCUAUGGUAUCUUCAUCUGCACCUAUCUUUUAUGGUGAUCUUGGAAGUCAUGAGAGGGUUCCUCUACCAUUUUCCAUGUUCCUUGAUUUGUGUAAGAAACGGAUACAUAUGCAAACUGAGCAACAACAUCAACAUUUAGAUGAUGAUCAUUCUGUUGCCUCGCAAACGGAUCACACACAACAUGAUUAUUUGUCCUUGGAAGAUGUUCCUGAACAAAUUUACUUAGCGCAGGUGCCGAUCAUGAACCGUGAUCGUGAGGAGAAGGUUCAAUUGGGAACCCUAAGGGAAGACAUUCAGUUGCCUCCCAUUUUGGGAGCAAAAGAACUGUCUUCUAUAAAUUUGUGGAUGAACAAUGCACAAUCUAGAUCAAGUACUCACUACGAUCCACUCCACAAUCUUUUGUGCAUAGUUUCUGGCCGCAAACAAGUUGUUUUGUGGCCUCCUUCUGCUAGUCCCUCACUCUACCCAAUGCCUAUUUACGGAGAAGCUUCCAAUCACAGUUUGGUUGCUUUGGAAAACCCCGAUUACUCGAUUUAUCCAAGGGCAGAAUGCUCAAUGGAGUUUGCACAAAAGGUUGUUCUGGAGGCCGGCGAUGCACUUUUCAUUCCUGAAGGCUGGUUCCACCAGGUAGACAGUGAUGAUUUGACUAUUGCUAUUAACUUGUGGUGGAGAUCCAACACAAUGUCUUGCAUGUUGGAACAUAUGGAUGCUUAUUAUUUACGCAGAAUAUUGAGAAGAUUGAUUGACAAAGAGAUGGAUCAACAACUGCUUAAGUUGGGGAUGGGAGUAACAAGGAUGUGUGUGUACAAGCUCCCGAAUAAUGGACAAGCAAGCCGCGCUGAUGAAAGUUGCAGUCAGAUGCCAAAAGAAAUGGAUUUAAAGGAGAAAAAACUUAAAGAGGGCAACACGUUGCUUGAAUUAAAACCUGCUGCAGUCCAGGUGCUUCACGAACUUGUGUCUUUAGUUCACAGCAGUGUUACCGCCAGUCAGGAUCAGCAAUCACUGUCAACUUCUAUUAAUGAUAAUGAGAAUAUAGAAGAUGAGAAAUGUGAGAAAAUAGUGUCUGCUGACUUGAGAGAUGAUCCACCUGCUAAACUUCUCUGGGACGUUGAACCACAAAUUCUCCAAAAUGUCUUUCUUGCUAUGGCAAGCAACUUUCCAAGAACUUUAGAGGCUCUUGUUCUACAUGUACUUUCACCAGUUGGAAUUGAGGUUCUUACUCGGAAAUUCGAUGAGAUGGACGAACAAGUUCUUGGGGAAGAUCGGAGUAAAUUCUAUGAGUCUUUCUACGGUGCAUUUGAUGAUCAAACUGCAGCAAUGAAUUCUAUUCUAAAGGGGAAGGAGCUAUUUACUCAACAGGCAUUUAAGAAUGUAUUGGACAAAUUUGUGGGGGUGAAUCUAGAAAGCUCAAAGCCAGGGUUCAGAUGAGAUGCUAAGAGAACUUUAUGGAUGAGUUGGCCCACCAAGGUAUCUCUGAAGAGCAAAUUGAUGCAUAUUUGAAACCAAAGCUUUUCUUUCUUGGAUAUGUACUUUUAUUUGUCAGUUUACAGUUCAAUGUAUGAUUAUUACACAUUUGAACUGUGUUUAGUGUUGUAUAGGUAGUAUCAGUUGUAUGUGCCCUAGCCCUUUUGUGAUUGAUACACUGAAUUAACUAAUCAAAUUGUAGUAUAUUGUAACGA